CAGCGACCAAGCAGAAUGUGAAUUAUUAUUUUUUAUUUUAAAGGUUUUAAUAAUCUACUGUAAUUGAUUUAAUAUAGUAAGAAUGGCAGCAAAACAGAAAAAUAUUUUUACUCGAAGUAAACCGUUGAUGAACAUUUACAGUGGUGUAGAUCACGAAGGAAAAGAGGUGGAGGUUCGUGAAGAUGCAGAACAGUUGGUUAAGUGGCACGAGAUAUCGGACGCGUUGGUCGCGGCCGGGUACUACCGCGCCCAGUUGCAGGGUCUGUCGGCUUUUGACAAGAUCGUCGGCGGGCUAUCAUGGUGCAUAGAGUUGUGUGAUAUCGAUGUGGACGUCAGUUUACUCUUCGAGGAGAACCUUACUAUUGGAAAGAAGAUUGCACUAACAGAAAAAAUAGUUAAAGUACUACCUUCUAUGAAAUGCCCAUUUAUUAUUGAGCCUCACCAAAUCCAAGGAUUGGAUUUCAUCAACAUUUACCCCCUCAUACAAUGGCUGAUCAAAUACUCGAGUGAGUUCCGAGAAGCAAAAGAAGAUGAGCUCCGGAAGUUUGCCGUGAUGCAGUAUGACAAGGAACAUAUCUUUGAAUCAGAUAGAAAAGUAUUUGAACAAAAAGAGAGAUUGCUGAAGAAUUUUUCUGUUUUACAAAAUCUAUACAAACCAUGUAGAGUCCGCAAGAGGAUAGGCGGUCUGCCAGCAAAUGAACUGGAGCAGGUCAAUGCCACCCUCUCCGAGUACGAUCAGAGGAUGCUCCUUCAUAUCACCACACAACAGGAUGAGAGCAAAAAGGAUGAGGGACUUGAUUUCCUGUAUGACUAUGAAAAGACAUUAGCUGAUCCAUCUAAAAUAACAACAGAAACUGACAGGUUUACAAAGAAUCAGGAGAAUAAUGUGGACGCUGCUGACACCAAAAUUCACUAUGCAGUGCUACAUUCUGAACUCACUGGAGAACUUUCUAAAGAGCUGGAAGAAAGUGAAAAGCUCAAAUAUUCAGAGGAAGUGGACAAACUCACUAAAACUGUUGACGCUAUGGAGAAAGAAGUAGAAAGAACAAAGAGGGAACAUGAAAGUAGAAUGGAAAACGCAAAGCAGGAGUAUGCCAGUGUUUUAGAAAAGUUGCAAAAAAUUACAUAUAAGAUGAUGAACUCUGAUGAUAGUAGUGACAAAAAUGUGAAGAAAUUUUACAAGACCUUAAAGGAACUGGCGCGGGAAAGAAAUGAAUUGUUACAAAUAAUCCAGCACAGGGAGAAGGAAAACAAGAAAUUACAAGAAGAAUUAAGUGCCGCCCGAGACCCGGCAGCUAAAGUUGAGGAGCAACCACUCACUCCAGCUGAAUUAAAAGAGUUCAGAGAUAGAGAAGAAAAAUUAAAAGCAUUUAUAACCAACAUGAGAUUGGAACUGGCCAGAUUAAACAGAGAGGUUCUGAGGUACACUGUAGCCUUAGACGAGGUUCCCGGCACUGCUGAACUACUGCAGUAUGAGAAGAGAUUUAUUGAACUCUAUAAUCAAGUUGCAUCGAAACACAAGGAAACUAAACAGUAUUAUAUAUUUUACAAUACGCUUUUUGAAGUGAAACUUUAUACCUCAAAGGAAUUAAGUCUACUAAAUUCCAUUUUGGAUAAUUAUGAAGAAGCCAUGUCUUCAGCCAGAAAGAGAGAAGAGUUCAUGACGCAAUUCGAAUCCAUCGUCGAAUGGGUGAACCAAACAGUGAAGAAGGUCGAACAGAAGUUCAAACACGAGCGGGACCAGAAGACGGCCCUCCACGCGGAGUACUCACGGCUCAUGGACGUCCAGAGACAGUACGCGGCAGCUCUUAAGAAACUCGCAGAAGAGAGACAGAAGUUUGGAAAGAGGAACAGCUGAUCUGAUGAUGUGGAAAUGCUUGAUUAAGUACAAGUCCUGAUACCUAUAAGUUAUGCUCAUAUACGAUACGUAUAAGGAAUGUCAACAUGAAUGUUAAGCCCCGCUUAGGGUGGAAUCACUCUGCAUCGAGCCGCAUUUUGUAUGUGAGAAAUCGCUCGUUAGAGUUAGAUCAAGAAAAAUCUGCUGAGAGAGAGAGCAGAGAGAGAGUGCAAGUGUUAUUUUAAACGUCAAACUUCUAUGAAAUUAUGACGUAUCAAAUAACAUUGCGUGUGCUGUCAAAGGUAUGAAGAUACGAGUACGCAUCGGAUAGCUGACAGCAAGUGGAUCGAUGCUGGUAGAUGUGAUUCCACCCUGAGAAGAUUCAAGAACUUGCAUGCAAUACUCAAUACAUUGCUAACUACAAAGUACAAUAAUUAAUUCAGUCGAUCGACCAAAUACCGCAAUGUAACAAAAAUUGCAUGCAAAUUCUUGAGCCGUCUAAAUAGGUAUAUGGCUUGACACUUCUGGGUACGGGAAUCCGUAUGGCAUAUGGACUCCUGUACCAUACUUAGCCUAUCGAUGGCAGAAGCCAGGUGUCGGCAAACUGCGGUUCGUGAGCCGCAUGAGACUUUGAAAGUACAAUUGCGGAUGUUCAAGCCACCCAAACAAUAAAUACUUUACAGUUCUUAGAUCACUGAAAACAACAUUUUUGGCUCUUUGAACUUUAUAAAACUGGUGAUUUCUACUGCGGGCGGACCGAAGGACCUUCUUUUUAUUAUAUACUUUAUAAUUAUAGUUUUGGUUAGACCGUACGUACCCGUAUUUGCAACUCAAGCUUGCAAAAGUAAAAAUAGC